CCUCAUCCGUAACAUGAUUAAUGAUGAUGAAUCUUUCGAAGCUUCGUAUGAAGCUGGCCGAAUUCUCGUCAUAGUGUCCGUGGAAUAGAGGUGGCAAAUUGCCUGAAGGCGUUGACAUUGAUGUAUGGUGAUGGGUCUUGCUUGGGUCUUUGCCAGUGCUCUGGCUGGUUGUGCUGAAGGUGUUUUCGGAGGACUCGACGAGUGUGUUAGUGGAAAGGUAAUAUGUUCUGGUUUUUCUGGGGUUGGUGGUAGUACGCCGCUGUGUCACCGGAAGGCUGGUAUGGCCUUGGUGCUCCCGGUAAUGAGUCUUCAAUGUUCAUGGUCGCCCCUUAAAUACCUACCAAGUUCGUGAUCCGAAACGUCAUCAUUGAUGCUCCGAUUCUCUUUGUA